AAAACUCAAUUGUUUCUAGGUUCUGAAGAAGAUGAUGAAGUUGUGGCAAUGAUUAAGGAACUGUUAGACACUAGAAUAAGGCCAACUGUACAGGAAGAUGGAGGAGAUGUGAUCUAUAAAGGCUUUGAAGAUGGCAUUGUACAGCUGAAACUCCAAGGUUCUUGUACUAGCUGUCCCAGUUCAAUCAUUACUCUGAAAAAUGGGAUUCAGAACAUGCUGCAGUUUUAUAUUCCAGAAGUAGAAGGUGUAGAACAGGUAUUUUGAGAGUUUGGAUUUAAUUUUAAGAUUCAUGGGAAAAGAAAUCUAUGACCUGACUCUUUCUUCAAGGGCAAGAUCUUUGCAAU